AUGGAUUUCAUUGUGGCUGCAUCCAAUCUCUGGGCAGAGAACUAUAACAUUCCCCUCGCAGACCGACAUAAGAGCAAGCUGAUUGCAGGGAAGAUCAUCCCAGCCAUUGCUACAACCACAGCAGCUGUAGUUGGCCUUGUUUGUCUGGAGCUGUACAAAGUGGUACAGGGACACCAACAGCUUGAGUCCUAUAAGAAUAGCUUCAUCAACUUGGCCCUGCUCUUUUUCUGCUUCUCUGGGCCCCUUGCCCCACCCCAUCAUCAGUUUUAUAACCAAGAGUGGACACUUUGGGAUCGCUUUGAGGUCCAGGGGCUGCAGCCUAAUGGUAAAGAGAUGACCCUCAAGCAGUUCCUUGACCACUUUAAGUCAGAGCACAAAUUGGAGAUCACCAUGCUGUCCCAAGGUGUAUCCAUGCUCUACUCCUUUUUCAUGCCACCCAGCAAGCUGAAGGAACGGAUGAAUCAAUCGAUGACAGAAAUUGUGAGUCGAGUAUCAAAGCGAAAGCUGGGACACCACGUGCAAGCAUUGUUGCUUGAGCUGCGCUGCAAUGAUGAGGAUGGCAAAGAUGUGGAGGUUCCUUAUGUACAAUACACCAUUCACUAA